AUGACGAUUCGUUGGGGUAUCGUUAGUGCAGGAAAAAUUUCACAUGAUUUUGUCAAUGCCUUCAAUUCCUUCCCUGAUGUUGGAGAUCAGGUGAUAGCUGCUGUGGCUGCUCGAGAUAAAUCUAGAGCAAAUGAGUUCGCUAAAAUUCAUAAAAUCCCUAAAGUAUUUGGCUCUUAUAACGAGAUGGCAAACAGUGAUGCUAUUGAUGUGGCAUAUAUCGGCGCGCUUAAUCCCGACCAUUACGAACUUUCCAAAUUAUUCUUGGAAUCUGGUAAACACGUACUCUGUGAAAAACCAAUAUGUCUGAACUAUAAGGAAACGGAAAGCUUAUUCAACAUCGCUAAGAGUAAAAAUCUGUUCUUGAUGGAAGCGGUAUGGUCUCGCUUUGCUCCGUGUUAUAUUGCUUUAGAAAAAGAAAUUCAAUCGGGCAAGUUGGGAGAUAUUCAGUUUGUUGAAGUCAAUUUUGGCGUUCCGAUCGAAAAUGUUGAUAGGCUUAGAAAAAAGGAUAUGGGUGGUAGUGCUAUUUUAGACAUCGGAAUUUAUACUUUACAAUUUGCACAAUUUAUAUUCAAAGAGGAACCUAUAAAAGUGACUGCCGUUGGUGAUUUAAAUAGCGAUGGGGUCGAUUUAGUGGAAACAAUUAUCCUCGAAUACUCAGGGAACAGGCGAGCUGUUCUUAACGUCAACUCUAAAAUUCUCUUGUGGAAUAAAGCUACUGUAUACGGAACUCAAGGAAGAAUAACGGUAGAAGAUCCUUUUCAUUUUCCGGAUACUCUAGUUCAUCCCGACGGUACAGUAGAGAAGUUUACUUUACACACUUCGCCCCUGAAAUAUAAUUUUGGAAACUCUGCGGGCCUUGUUUUUCAAACUCUUGAAGUGACGCGUUGCAUUAAACAAGGUCUCAACGAGUCCCCUCGCAUGUCUCGUAAAGAAAGUCUUCUGCUUGUAAAAUUAAGAGACACCGUGCGAAAACAGCUUGGCGUUCACUUCGAUGUUGACGAUAAAGAAUUUUGAAGUACUUAAGUUUUCCGAAAGUGUUUUAUAUUAUUUGUUUUUAACUUAAAUAUAUCCAUUUCGAUUAAA